AUGGAGAACGUCGCUAAUGCAAACGUUAACGUUGGCAACAAUAUUGCUGUCACUGAGGUGGAACUACCAAGGCAAUUUCUUCACUGUUCCAGGACGCACCUGGUUGUACUAAUAUCAAGAAUGCUAUAUUCACUAAUUCAAUUGAAUGACUCUAAGCUGGACAGUUCACAACCGUUAAAAUUAACUAGGUUUCAUUCUCGUGUCCCCCCUUCCAUAUCCGUAUACGACUACUUGAUAAGACUUACGAAGUACUCUUCUCUGGAGCAUUGCGUGCUUUUAGCAUCCGUGUAUUAUAUUGAUCUUCUUUCUAGUGUAUUUCCAGAAUUCACGCUGGAUAGCUUGACUAUUCACAGGUUUCUUAUCACAGCGACAACUGUGGCAAGCAAAGGAUUAUGUGAUUCUUUUUGCACGAAUACACAUUACGCCAAAGUUGGGGGUGUUCAAUGUAGUGAACUAAAUGUCCUAGAGAACGAAUUUCUAACUAAAGUCAACUAUAGGAUACUCCCAAGAGCUGGGAACAACAAUCGAUGCAUCUUGGAACGUCAAGAACGAAUAUUUUCAUAUUCCAAUAUUCCGAAUGUUGAAAGUUUGGAAAAAAAGACAGAUAAUAGUUUCAAUGUACUUGAAGACUAUUACCAUCGCAUGGUACAUUUAAUUGGGAAUUACAAUUCAUCCCCAGACAAAACCUGCUCUAUUUCAUUUUCCUUAGAACCUUCCAAAAUUUGCACAUUAUACUCUCCAGUUGGAGAUUUUAGGGGUUCUGACCAUGAAAGCGCAGAGGAUAAUGAAAAGAUCGAAGAUAAAGCUAUUGUAAGAACAGAGUUGAUUAAUGCAGUAAACGAUAGCGAGUUAAGCACUGUACAAACAGAUAGAGCAAUACAACAGUCAGCACCUGAUUCGAUUGAAUCACGCCCAACUUUGUCCCCUCAAUCUAAUAGGAAGAGGCAAUAUUCUGAAUCGAAUAUGUGCACUAAGUCAUCAAUAAGUAAAAAACAUUCCAAUACUAAAAGCAUACACGACUCUCCAAAAGAGAUUGUGUAA